GGAACAGCGUGCAGGAAGGAACUCGGCAAACCACGGUGGUAACAUGAAACCAACAUGGCUGACUUGCUUCUGGCGUCCUGCUCCCUCUUGAUUGUGAGAGGUUGGCUCCACAUUCCAGUGACUGCUCAACAGACGGAGCUUGGGUGACAUCUCUAAGAUCAUUGUAAGGAAGCAGAUUGCCAGGAUUUCCCCCCUGUGGCUGCCUGACUGCUGCUGAGCUACCCCUCCCAGCCCAUGUGGCUCUCCCCAUGCUCCAAGAGUGCAACUGGUGCCCAACGCAAUGUGUGUUUGUCAAACCAUGGAAGUGGGCAAGUAUGGCAAGAAUGCCACUCGAUCCGGAGACCGGGGGGUCCUGCUGGAGCCUUUCAUUCACCAGGUGGGCGGCCACAGCAGCAUGAUGCGCUACGACGACCAUACUGUCUGCAAGCCCCUCAUUACCAGAGAACAGCGCUUCUAUGAAUCUCUGCCCCCAGAAAUGAAGGAGUUCACACCUGAAUACAAAGGUGUGGUAUCUGUCUGUUUUGAGGGAGACAGCGAUGGCUACAUUAACCUGGUGGCCUAUCCCUAUGUGGAGAACGAGGCUCUGGAGCAGGAUGAUAUGCCAGAGAGGGACCAGCCACGACGCAAGCACUCGCGUCGGAGCCUUCACAGGUCAAGCAGCGGCACUGAGCACAAGGAGGAAAAACCCGGCCUGGCCAGUGACAGCACUGAAAGCAGCAUCCAGGAAACGAAGAGUCCCAGGGUGGACUUGCACAUCCAUUCAGAUGUUCCAUUUCAGAUGUUGGAUGGGAACAGCGGUCUGAGCUCUGAAAAGAUCAGCUAUAACCCCUGGAGCCUGCGCUGUCAUAAGCAGCAGCUGAGCCGCAUGCGGUCAGAAUCCAAGGACCGAAAACUCUACAAGUUCCUUUUGCUGGAGAACGUGGUGCAUCACUUCAAACUUCCCUGCGUACUUGAUCUGAAAAUGGGGACCAGACAGCACGGAGAUGAUGCAUCUGAGGAGAAGGCUGCUCGGCAGAUGAAGAAGUGUGAACAGAGCACUUCCGCCACCUUGGGCGUGCGUGUGUGUGGGAUGCAGGUCUAUCAGCUGGACACAGGGCAUUACUUAUGCAGGAAUAAAUACUAUGGACGCGGUCUUUCCAUCGAGGGCUUCCGCAAUGCCCUCUACCAGUAUCUCCACAACGGCAUUGAGCUGCGCAAGGACCUCUUUGAGCCUGUCCUCGCCAAACUGCGAAGCCUGAAGGCAGUUUUGGAGAGACAGGCCUCCUACCGCUUCUACUCCAGCUCCCUUCUCAUCAUUUACGAUGGGAAGGACAGCAGGGCAGGUAUGUUUGUGGAGCGCCGGCCGGAGAUGCGCCUGAAGCGGGUGGACAGCUCUCUCCCGGAGAGCCUUCAGGAUGGCGGCAGCACGGAGCCCGGCUCCUCGGCCCAGCCCAAGGUGGAUGUGCGUAUGAUUGACUUUGCACACAGCACGUUCAAAGGCUUUCGCGAUGACCCCACUGUGCAUGACGGACCCGACAUGGGUUAUGUGUUUGGGCUGGAAAGCCUCAUCAACAUCAUGGAACAGAUGCGUGAGGAAAACCAGUAGCCCUGGGCUGCGGCCUCUUAUUUUUGUCCUGGUGGCAGAAGCAGACAAGACCACCUACUACCACAGGAAAAAGCAGACAACUUUGGUUUUAAACAAUUGUAUUGCUCCAUUGUUUUUAAAUGUACUUGGAUAGAAGAGCUGAGGGGAGGCAGGAUGGAAGAGCUCCUCAUGCCGCCCAGAUGGUUCUGACCGCGCUAGCUCUGCCUUCUGGAGGAGGCUCCGUAGACGCCUGCUGGGUGUUGGGUGUCCCGGUUCUUUGCUCGUCGCAUGUGCGUGCUGGAGGGAGGACCUGGACGUAGGGGAGAGAAAGCAGAAGAGCACGGGGCUCUUCAGGGGGCUGGAGCUGUGGUGUGAGGAGCCUCCUGCCUCAGGAGCCCCCGGGAGAGCCUUCCCUUUGCAAUUCUCCCGGGUUAUUUGGAAAGGGCACUCGACUAACAGUUGGCAGCGUCUGUGGGGCUGACGGGGAGCAGCACAGGUGCUGGUCCGUGCAUUCAGUGUCACUAGCUCUGCCCUGGGUUUUGCUGAUUGGGCUUUGCUUUUGAUGCUGCCUUUUUCUGCUGUUUGGGCACUGUGAAUAACCAACCCAAACACAGAAAUAAAAUGACCAAAUGCAACCCCUGGCAGAGCUGCGGCCAGGAGGGAAUGUCGCACACCUGGAGUUGUGCUCGAGCCUGGGGCCUGCUCGCUCCCCGGCGGGGUGGCACGGGCGGGCCCACGUACAGGCAGGCACGGGGCUCUGUGAGAGUAACUCUGCCUUGGACCACUGACCAAGCAAGAACUCGGCUCGUGGGCUAGCAAUAGUAUCUGUAGCAGUUAACGCAACCCCAGCGGGGUGUUUCGGACCAUUUCAACCCUUCCUGUUGUGUAAUGUUGGUCCCACAGGUUGUACCGCGAGUAUCUCUCUCCUGCCGUCGGGCCCUGGGGGCUGCAGCGCGAGGCCCCCCUCUUCCUCCGGCGGGGCCCUCUGCCCUGCAGCCCCUGCUCUUCCGGCAGGUCUGCAUGGGGAUGGUGGAAGGGGAGGCCAAGGGUUAGGGCUAGCUCCUGUUCUCCCUGGGGGUCUCCAGGGGAGCAGGUGAGGGGGGGGCCUGGCUGAGCGGUG